UGCGCGCCACCGCGACAGAGGGCUCCACCACUGUUAAGCGUGAGCGCGCCUCUCCAUGCGGGUUCAAUAAAGGAGCAAAAGCGUUGAAAAGAAAAAUGAGAUGCUGCUGAUGAGACAUGAAUGCAAGGCUGGACGAGAGAGCCGAGACUAGUCCGACCCUCCUAUCCGAACCGGCACCUGGUUCCGUUUGGUCCGCUUCUCCGCACUUCGCCUCCAGGUCUUUGUCAGCCGGUUCACGCACAGAGCGCUUUGGUGGAUUUUUUUUUCUUCCCCUUUUCUAAUUUUUUUUCUGAAUGGAGACGUUCACCACAGAUAAGGUGUUUUAGUUUGAUCACAUCAGGGAAAAGAGGCGUUUGAUGCAGCGGUUGGUUCACACUGAGGCAGGAGAACUGACCCCAUUCUGCGCCCGCCUGUCCCGCUUCUGCCCUUUUGUGCGCCGGGCUUUGCACGAUCACCAUGCCGGAGUGUGUGUCGGUGUCGGAGUUCGUGCAGGAGGUUCAAGAGGACUGGAGCUCUCCUACCACCUCCUCCUUCACCUCCAAGAUGAUCAACUGCAGGAACACCAUCUACCUGCUGGAGGAGGCCCUGGACAGCGACCGCUUAGUGUUGCAGAAGAUGAAGAAAGCUGCUAAAGCCAAGUAUGCUUCAGGGCAAGAUCAUGUGUCUCACCUGGAGCAGUACAUCAACUCGAUGGAGAAGCUCGCAGUAAACUGUCAUUCAAAUGGAGAGACAGAGGUUGGCUCGGCCUUCUGCCACUUGGCAGACUUUUCUAAAGAGCUUCUGUCUCCAAUGAAAAACCUGCUGAAGAGCAUGCUUCACAACAUCAACUUCUUCCUGGACUCUCUGGUUAAAGGAGACCUGAGGGAGGUGAAGGGGGAUCUGAAGAAGCCCUUUGAGAGAGCAUGGAGGGAUUAUGAGAACCGAUUCAAGCAGGUGGAGAAGGAGAAAAGGGAGUUAGCGCGACAGUAUGGAAUGGUUCGGAGUGAGGUGAGCGGAGGAGAAAUUGCUGAGGAGCUUGAGAAGGAGAGGCGCUCCUUCCAGCUGAGCAUGUGCGAGUAUCUCAUUAAAGUGAACGAGAUAAAAACAAAGAGAGGCGUCGACCUGCUGCAGAACCUCAUUAAGCACUACCACAGUCAGAACAAUUUCCUGCAGGAGUGUGUUUCCACCACUCAGAGGCUGAAGCAGUACAUGGAGGAGCUGAACGUUGUGCUGAACACGGUGAAGCAGCGUCAGGAGGAGGAGAAGAGGCAGUUGUGCACCAUCAGGGAUCAGCUGAGGCCCGUGGUCCACACAGAACAGGACUCUCUACCGAAGCAGGUGUACAGUAUGCAUCAGCUUCUGGGAGACAAGCAGUACGGAACAGAGAGAGCAGGGUUCCUGUACAAGAAGAGCGACGGGUUGAGAAAAAUGUGGCAGAAGAGGAAAUGUUCAGUCCAUAACUGUUACCUGACUAUUGCACAUGCUACACCGAAUAAACCUCCAACUCGACUAAACCUGCUGACCUGUCAGGUGAAACCCAGCGUGGAAGACAAGAAAUGCUUCGACCUAAUCUCCCAUAAUCGGACCUAUCACUUCCUGGCUGAGGAUGAAGCUGAGUGCGUUGCAUGGAUCUCGGUGCUCAGUAACAGCAAGCAGGAGGCUCUUAGCAUGGCCCUGGAUGGGGGCAGAAGGGGAGGGGGUGGGGCUGAAAACAGUGUGGAGGACCUGACCCGGGCCAUCACUGAUGACAUCCGCAGGAUGCCAGGAAACAACAACUGCUGUGACUGUGGCGCUCCAGAUCCUGGAUGGGUCUCAACGAAUUUAGGCAUCCUGACCUGUAUCGAGUGUUCAGGGAUCCACAGGGAGAUGGGGGUCCAUGUAUCCAGGAUCAAGUCUCUAAGCCUGGACAGCCUGGGAACCUCAGACCUACUGCUGGCUCGAAAUGUUGGUAACUCUGGCUUUAAUGAAAUAUUGGAGGCUAAUCUACUCAGUCCAUCGCAGAAGCCCUCCCAGCACAGCCACAUGGCGGAGCGCAAAGAUUUCAUCCUGUCAAAGUAUCAGGAUGUUCAUUUUGUGAGGAGGUUCAGCAGUUCCUCGGCUGCGCUGAGGCUGGGCCUGCAGGAGGCGACUAAGAGCUGCGACAUCUACAGCCUGAUCCAGCUUUACGCCCAGAGGGCCGAGCUGAGCCAGCCUCUGCACACACACAUACAGGAGAAAGGGGAGACGGCUCUCCAUUUAGCCGUUCUAUUUGCUGACAGGACGUCGCUGCACAUCCUGGACUUCCUGGCCCAGAACUGCUCUAAUGUGGACGUACAGACGUCAGCAGGAAACACUGCGCUGCACUACAGCUGUCUGCAUAACAAGAGUGACUGUGUGAAACUGCUGCUGAGAGCCAGAGCCAACAUACACCUCAAGAACGAGUUAGGAGAAACCGCUCUGGAUGUGAGCCGCAAACUGAAGCACAGUGAAUGUGAAGCUCUGCUGCAGCAGGCCCAGUCCAACCAGUUUGACCAUCAUGUCCAUGUAGAGUAUGAGUGGAGGCUUCGCCAUGAUGAUUUGUAUGACAGUGAUGAUGACUUUGAUGACAGGAAUGGUCCAGUAAAGAAGGAGCGCUCCUCGUCUUCGUCAUCCUCAGUUUUCACCCCCUCGUUCUCCUUCUCUUGCCGUCCUUUCAACUUGAGUCAGUCCUCCAACUCCUCCUCCUCCUCCUGCUCUGUUGUCCUCCCCUCAUCUGGAGGACAAGGAGGAGGUCUCCUCAGCGUCGGAAGGAGAUUGGCAAUGGCCAUGGACCUGCACAGCCGUCCCACCGGUUCUGCCCCCAGCCCUCCUCCUCCCCCUCCAUCCUCCCCCGCACCCCCUCUGCCGCCACGGGUCAAAGCCCCUUGUGUUCCUCCUCCUCCUCCCCCGACUGGGGGCGAUGGACUCAGGGAUGAAGAGGAGGAAGAGGGGGAGGUUUUCUUCCCCAUGUCAGGAAACAGAAAGACGCCGCCUCCCCCUCCCAUCGCUGCCAGGCACAAGAGGACCUGCUCUGAGUCUAAUAAGCAGGAUCAUGGGUUGCCAACCAGUCCCCGGAUUUACAGCCAAGACUCCUCCUUUAAGAAGUGUGUUCCAUCCUCUCCUCUCAGCUCGCUGACGGAACGACCAGACAGAGGUUUUCGACGGACAGAAAGUGAAGGUAGCUCCUCCCAUUUCCUCUACCCGGCCAGUAAAGCUGCCCUGAAUGGGUCCCCGAUCAGCCAGCGCUCUCAGAGCUUUGAGAGCGACGGCAGAGGCCCCACCCCUCAACCGCUUCCUCGCAGAUCACUGCCGCGCGGAGCAACCAGUCGGCGAGCUCAGGCUCUGUAUGACUGUGAAGCAGACCACCAUGAUGAACUGAGCUUCUCAGAGGGUCAGGUGUUGGUGGUUCUUGGGCAAGAGGACAGUGAUUGGUGGCACGGUUAUAUAGAAGAUGAACCAGACCAGAGAGGUUUGUUUCCAGCCUCCUUCGUCCAGCUUCUCUCUGAUUGACGUAAACCUGGUCCAGAUCCUGAGGCUCGCACACAUCCAGAUGACCAUGGAAUAAACUGGGUCCUCAGAGGAGGAAGACCAGAUGAUAAAGCCUGAUAAUUACUGGAUCAGGUCAGACUUUGGGCUCAGAUGUCUUCAGGUCUUCGUCCAGCAAACCUUAAGAACCUCAGGUCUGGAUUUACCAUUAACACGUGAUGGAAAACAUUGACAUAAUACUGCUUAAUUUAUUUAUACAACUAAAGGAAGAAUCACCAAGCAGAUGGAGAUCAGCUG